UUGCUCAAUAGUCAAAAUUUUAGUUUUGUCAGCUUGGUCAUAUUUUUAUGGUUUAUGAUAUUAAUUUUUACGAAUCUCUCAAACGCAGAAUCGCUCUUCCAUUUAGACGGUAUUCCUUUGUCGGCCAUGGCUCCCGGGUCCUUGCCUCAAAGUGCCCCCGCGGCCUCCGCGCCGCGAUCCAUUGCAGCGGGGGAUAUUGUGGCGCAGAGCGAAGCCUGGGUUUGGUCUUUCCACUGGGACAAGCACCAGAUGCUCUGCGCGCACUGCUUCAAAUUUGCCGAUCAUUUGUUGGUGUGCUCCCAGUGCCGAUUGUACAGUUACUGCGAUGCUAAGUGCCAGAAAGCAAAUUGGAAGAAAGAACACAAGAUGGAGUGCGAUGUGCUUAAGCGGCUCAAAGAAAAGUUCAGUGGUGCACGACUUGAUGAUCUGAAAAAAGUUUCUCCCGCUAACGGGCAUGAUCUGGGUUUCUGGACGAACGAAACGAUUCUGUUGAAAAUACUGAAUAAAAUUCAGCGGAAUAUCGACGAUAUUUUGCCCGGUGAGGGAAUAAAGAAAACCGCCGUGCAGAUUUUAGAAGGUCUUCCUUAUAGCGCUGAAUACGGCAAAAUGACGAAACCGAAUCCAGGAUUGUUUCGAGGCCUGCAUGCUUUCAUGGCAGAAUGCCUGGGAGUGCCGGUGGAGAGUAUGGUCCUGUCUGUCAGGGAAAUGUUGGAUCUGUACUGGAAAAUCGGCUACAAUGCUGCCAUUAUGAACAAUUUUGAAGCGGCCUAUCCCUUGCCGUUUGGCGCGGGCAUCUUCCCCACCGUCAACUACCGUCAACUGACGCCGGUCUGCUCGGACAGUAAUGUGACGGUGACCUUCCACGGGCGAAGCAUCAAGAUAAUGGCCAUCGACGACAUUCACGAGUACAGAGGAUUACAGGAUUGCCGCUGGUAUGGACACAUUCGUCGGCCACUGGGACGUACUGCAAAGCAGCGACAAGAUCAGUUCCGCAAGCACUUCCACAAAUUGUGCGAAUGCCGGAAGUGCAGCAGUGAAUAUGAUGCGGAAAUCAAUCCACUGAAGUGUUCGACCUCUGGCUGCACGGAGCGUAUUCCCAGUGACGAGCGCGCUCUGAAUCCCUGUUCCCAGUGCGGUGCGAUCAAUGGCCCGCAGCUGCAGGCAUUUCGCCGUCUGUCGCAAAAGCAGGAAAGAAUGCUAUCCGAUAAAUUAGCGAAAAAUGACGACAAUUUCAGAGAAGCGUUACCGUUACGAAUUCACCUGUUGAAGGAAUUGGAUGACUCGGGUUUGGUACAUCCAGAAGCGCAUCUUCGUUACGUGUACGGAUGGGAUGCCGCUGAUCAAUACAAUCAGCAGAAAAAAUUCCCGGAGGCCUGGGAUUUGUAUGCUGCAUUGGUCCCAUGCGUCCGAACCGUGUUUCCCGAAUACCACCUUCAACGUGCUCAACAUCUGCAGAAUGCCGGCAUACACUGUCAUGAGUGGUUUACAAUCGAAUCCAUGCUCGUUCCACCGAACGAUCGAGCGCGCUUCUUGUUCAGUUUCACGGGCAUUCUCCCCACCGCACUGGACUUCCUGCAGGAAUCAUCGCGUAUCUAUUUUAAAGUAUAUGGACCUGACAGCAAGAUGGCUCAGACAGUGCGGGAACAACUGACCAACAUCGAAGAUGAUAUCCGACUGCUUAAAAGCGAAAUGGCAGUGCGGGAGGAAGAUCCCGAACGAUUUGCUGCGGUAUCGGAGACAGUUUACGGAAAUUUCACUGUCCCGGAACUACCACCCCAUCUCGCUAACCGCCCGCAGUAUGAGGAGCGGUCCUUGACCGCGGCCGACAGCGACAUCGUGGUGGGUAUCUUUCAGCGAUUGUUGCCCAACUCUCCAGUGGACUGGCAGGAGAUGGCGGGUUUCGUGUGGGGAGAGGAUGGCGUAACGACGGCACGAUACUAUGGCAGUGCGGACGGUUACUACGAGCACCGUGCCAAAGUGCAGGAUCGAGGGAAAUACUGGAAUGAGGAGCGUGAUGAUUGGGAAGCGAAGCCGUUCUCGUUGGCUACCAUGAUUAAUUUAACCGAGCACAAGGAGAAAGCCUGCGUUCAGAGCUUAAUGACCAUGUUGGAAGAGAAAUACGGAUGGGGAUCGGAAGUGAUGGAGAGUCGAGCCAAGUUUGCGGAUUUGUUCGAGGGAAAAUUGGGGACGGUUGGCUGGAUGAUCUGCGAAUUGAUCAAUUCACCGCCACAUUUGUCGUCGGCACUGUAUGAAGAUGUAAAGGACAAUAUUGAUGAAGCCGUUGCGAAAUCGAAACCAUUCGCUGUUGAUCGGCAUUUGAUGAUUGCCAAAGCCCAUUUACCAGCCGGACGCUCGAUGCGUGAUGCGGUUUUUGCCAAUAAGCUGGAAGAAUUGUGGUAUAAGAAUGCUCAAGCCAGUUAUUUUUUUCCUGUGGGCAGCCCCCGGAGCUACAUUGACCAGGAGAUGCGCGGGAAGAAACUGGUGCCUGUUCGCGUGGUCAUGCUGCUGGAUGCGAAGAGGCUGUACAAGAUGAUCCAGGAUUUGGUAUUUGGGGAAGGCUCGUAGCAUCUGAUUUUGGUUGUUGUCAAAAAUAUUCUUGCUUGCGAAUGCGCAGAAAUGUUGCUCAUAUUAUUGUUUAAAAUGCCCUACAUAUGUGCUUAUCUUGCCGUUUAUGAUGGAUCUUCCCUGCAAAGCAUGCCUUUAGUACUGGACUAAUUUUUGGUCUUUCCUUUAAUUCUGAUGUUCUGUCAGUUAUUAUAUUUACACGUACAUUAAACUGCGUCGUACGGUUACUUCCUUGUCGUUGGUAUAUCUACACUCUUGGUUUUCGGCGGUUACCUCUUUGUUACUGUUCUCACAAUUCUUACGCAACACACUUACAUCGAUAAUAUUAAGUAUUAUAUUAGUCCAGUACUAAAGGCAGUGGGCGUGGAGACAGUAGGACCACUCGGACCGGAAGCCUCUCGGCUGAUCAGCGAGCUGGGCAAGAUGAUAUGGCAGGAAACAGGCGAGAUACGUGCAACUGAGUAUCUGCGCCAGAGGUUCAGCAUCGAAAUCCAGCGUGGAAACGCCGCAUCCGUCCUGGGAACGGCACCAGCCUCGGCUGAUUUAGAUCAAAUGUUCUCAGUGAUUCGGGCGCCUGUUUCUGCUGUCUGUUGAUGCUGUGUGAUGCUCCUGUUUUUCAUUUGUUUAAUUGA